GUUAUCUAUGAACUUCAUGAAGUUCCUCCAUUUCUAUAUACUAUUGGUCUAGGUUUACAACAUUACUUGACUAUGUUUGGGGCUACUAUUUCUUUACCAUUUGUGCUAGCGGCACCUCUGUGCAUUGGGAAUAACAAUCCAUUAGCUAUAAGCGACUUGAUUUCCACCAUUUUUUUUGUAUCUGGCAUUGCUACGUUAUUGCAAGCAACAUUUGGUAUCAGGCUGCCAAUCGUGCAAGGAGGAUCCUUUGCCUUUGUAGCACCAAUUGUCGCUAUUAUGGCACUUGAUAAAUGGAAGGAUACUUGUAACCUGACAUUGGCCCAGCAAAGAAAUCAAACAGAAAUGUGGCAAUCUCGCAUACGAGAGAUCCAAGGAGGUAUCAUGCUAUCAUCGCUGUUUCAAAUAAUCAUUGGUUUUUCUGGUAUAAUUGGACUUUGUCUAAGAUUUAUUGGACCGAUCACUAUUGCUCCUACGAUUACUUUGGUUGGAUUAACGUUAAUCGAUGCGGCUACAUUUUAUUCGUCUUCUCAUUGGGGCAUGGCGUUAUUGACAAUAUUCUUUAUUGCCCUUUUCUCACAAGUUCUGGAAAGAUUUCCUGUCCCAAUGCCCGCUUUCAAAAGAGGAAAAGGCUGUUAUGUCACUAGAGUUCACAUAUUCAGGCUCUUCCCGGUAUUGAUUGCUAUCAUAGUAUCAUGGAUCGUAUCGGCUAUCCUUACAGCUGCUGGUGCUUUCCCUUCUGAUCGAACUAAUCCAACUUACUUUGCUAGAACCGAUGCAAGAAUUUCUGUACUGGAAACGUCACCGUGGUUUCGAUUUCCAUAUCCUUUCCAAUGGGGUACACCAACAAUCUCUGUUGCUAGUGUAUUUGGUAUGUUAGCGGGAGUAUUGGCAUCUAUGAUCGAAUCGAUUGGCGAUUAUUACGCUUGUGCUAGACUUGCUGGUGCUAAACCUCCACCGACACACGCUAUUAAUCGCGGUAUCGGUAUGGAAGGAAUAGGAUGUGUAUUAGCUGGGAUGAUUGGCACUGGUAGUGGAACGACCUCAUACAGUGAAAAUAUUGGAGCCAUUGGUAUAACUAGGGUGGCUAGUCGUGCUGUAAUCCAAUGUGGAGCAGUAAUAAUGAUCAUCUUAGCUAUUAUAAGCAAAUUUGGAGCGCUUUUUGCAUCGAUACCUAAUCCUGUUGUCGGCGGCGUUUUUAUUGUUAUGUUUGGACUAGUAACGGCAGUCGGUAUAUCCAAUCUGCAAUUCUGUAAUAUGAAUUUGCCAAGAAAUAUCUUUAUCGUUGGUUUGUCACUCAUUUUUGGUAUGGCUUUUCCUACUUGGCUGAGAACGGGCACUAAUUCAUCUGUAAUUAAAACUACUGUAAAAGAACUAGAUCAAAUUAUUGUCGUUUUACUCAGUACUAACAUUGCUAUUGGAGGAUUGGUAGCUUUAAUCCUUGAUAAUGUAAUACCUGGUACUUUGGAAGAUCGUGGUAUGCAUAUUUGGCAUCAAGAAUCUUCGAAGGCAUCAAAUCAGAUGAGUAAUGAAUACGUGAAAGAAAUGAAAAGAACAUAUGAUCUUCCGUUUGGACUGUCCAAUUUCUUUCAUAAAUUUACAUGUACAAAAUACCUGCCAUUCUGUCCACCGCGUUACGAUGAUUUGACCGAUGAAUCAGAGCAAUAUCUAGAUCCAGAGACUGGAAAAGAAUAUCUUAGUUAUAGAUUAUAA